AUGGUAUCCAAUAACCCGAACCCACCCGAAGGUUUUUGCUUGGAUCCGGGUGGAAUGCCUCUACCCGGUUUCGGCCCCUUCGCCUCCGUCUCCUCCACGGUGAACUCGUCUGACGAUGCUUCCAAGAAGAUCCGUAAACCGUAUACUAUAACCAAGUCUAGGGAAAAUUGGACCGAACCUGAACAUGACAAGUUCCUUGAAGCUCUUCAACUGUUUGACCGUGACUGGAAAAAGAUUGAAGCAUUUGUUGGAUCAAAGACUGUUAUACAGAUACGUAGCCAUGCACAGAAAUACUUUCUAAAGGUUCAGAAGAGUGGAGCAAAUGAACAUCUUCCUCCACCUAGGCCUAAAAGAAAAGCUGCCCAUCCAUAUCCUCAAAAAGCUUCCAAAAGUGCUCCUGUGCUUUCACAAUUACCGGGAUCUUUUCAGUCUUCACCGGCUUUGCUUGAACCUGGAUAUACACUGAAGCAUGAACCAAUGCCUGAAACUCCUAUUAUGAAUAAUGCGGUGUCUUCCUGGUCAAACCACACGCCGCAAAACACCAAUUUACUAAAUGUGCCAAAAGUAAAUAAUUCUUGCAGUAGCAGUGAAAGUACUCCUAAAGUGCGGCCGAUGGUUGGUGAAUCCAAUAGUCUAGUGAAUAAAAUCCUUCCAUUGAGAGUUCUUCCAGAUUUUUCCCAAGUAUACAACUUCAUUGGCAGUGUAUUUGACCCAGAAGCAACUGAGCAUUUACAGAAACUUAAACAGAUGGACCGUAUAGAUGUUGAGACGGUGCUUCUGUUGAUGAGAAACCUGUCUAUCAAUUUAACUAGCCCAGAUUUUGAGGAUCAUAAAAAGCUCCUUUCAUCCUAUGAAGUUGAUCUUGAGACAAAUAACUAUCUCAAUCCAGAUAGACCGAUACGCGACGAGCCAUUGAAGAGUGCUACUACUUAG